CUCAAAAGCAGCGCAAAAAGACAACCUUCCUGUUUUGGGGUCUUUCUCUUUAGGCAACGUAUGAUGGGUUAUCAACCACACGGCCUAGAUCUUGCAUGUGUAGUCAUUCUUUAUGGAGGUUCAGAGCUGAUGCUUGUGGCAUAGUGGAGUUUGAAGUCUGAUUUAUCAGUUCACUUUGCCAUGACUGCCGCGUGCCUGGCGGAAUGGAGCUCCUGGCCAAUCUGUUCGUUAGGUUUUUCCAAGUCGCUGACAGUUUCAUCGCAUCGAAGCUCCGAACCUCGUUGAUCGGCUCACCCAGUCAACACAGAAAGUUGCAGAAGUGAUGCCGUAAUGUUGCUGCGUUGCAGCAAUGUUUCACAACCAAGCGCAACCAUUACCACAACAUCAAUUUCUCAAUGUUGAAACAAUGCUGCGGAUGUUAUGUUCGGGAAACAUUGUUAGUUUGCUUCUGCAGCAAUGUUUCUAACGCAACUGUGAUGUAACAUUGCAGCAAGGUUGCUGAUACAGUUAUGUCGACAGUGUUGGGGCAGUGUCACAGGAACAUUGCUGAAGCUCGAUAUGAAAAAAGACAGAGUAAUCAGAAAGGAGCAAAAAAUGACUCAGACAAGCAGAUCGGCGGCGUUAUUGCUUUCCUGUUUUUAGUACAGAUGCACUGCACACGUAUAAAAUGUUGAGUUCUAGGAGAUAAGAGGGCGUGGUUACCAGUGAAUGUUGUUCGUGGAGUAUUGGUGCAAUGUGUCAACGAAGUGUGUUCCUGCAACGUUGGGUGUAUAAUGUUCCUACAAUAUAACAAGGGCGGACAUUAGCAAUAUAACAUCAUUAUGACAUGGCAACAUUGCUGCAAUAUUACUGCAACACAUUUUGCUGACUAGGCACUUGUAGGCGUCAAGAAUGAUUCGUCAAUGAAAUACUUGUAAAGCAGUCAGUUCCUUGCCUUUGGUACCAGCAAGGUAUUCUCGAAACGUAAGAUAUGUACUCUUGAAAAGAGGCGAUACUCAAGUCGAUCCCGAUCUGCACUGUUGAGCGCCUUGCGUUGUGCCAAGACGAGCAAAAGAACGGGCCUUGUUUGCUGAGCAUGAACGCAAAUAAAAAACUUCGCUCGUAGAAAAGCGUUAAUGGCCGUGCGGUCCUCCUGAAGUCAGGAGAGCAUGCAUAUAUGUGUUUCUGCCUGAAGAAUCGCCUGCCUUCCAUUCUCCUUUAUAUUACUUCGUUUUACCCGUACACAAUGUUCAUUUUUUUGCGGUGCUCUCGGAAACUGCAAAGGCCUUCAAAUAUGUAAUAUUCCCCUGUAUCUGACCACUCUUGUCCAUUGCAGUCCUUGACUUUACUUUUGCACGCGUGCACCAGGACCGAACCAGGUAAGCACCUGUCAGCAAAAUAUGAAACUAAAUAAACAUUUCCUUGAUAUGCACAGCCCUGCACAGAAGUUCUAAGCUUAUUCUACCUUCAACUUCUUGCAGCUGAACACGAGAAGUUCACUAAUACUUACAGCAUGUUUAGUGUCAGCAAUGUUGUAGGUAGAGAGCCUUCGUAGCUGUGGAAUGGAUGAGUGGGGUUACACGUCAUCAUUUCCUGCAGACUGCACAUCGAGCACCGUUUCAACUCCCGACACCUGGCCUGCCACUUUUCCUUUGUGCGGUGGAAGCAUGCAGUCGCCGGUUGAACUCCGUUUCCUGCAGUCCGUCUACAAACCCAUGAGCCCUAUGCAUUUCUUCAACUACGACUAUGAGAUGGCGCUUGAUGUUCAAAUUAUCGGCACUAACCUGUUGCUAUUUCCAAACUCGUCUCGUCUGGCCGUGUUCGGAGGACCGCUUAAAGUGGAGUAUACCUUCGUCAUGGGCGCCUUUCAUUUUGGCAAAGGCGAAUUCGACGGGUCCGAACACAAGAUAGACAGUACGGGCUACGCUGCAGAGUUGCAGUUGAUCCACUACACGGAGACCAACAUUGGAAUCAACUGCUUCAAAGGCGUCAAUGGCCUCUUGGCGCUCGCCAUACUAUUUAAGCAAGUUCCGGCCAACAACUCCGAACUGGAUGAAUUUAUAUCGAACAUUCCACAAGUGCGUGCCAGCGCCGACAAACCCACAACCAUUCCAAACUUCUACCUGUCGUCAUUCAUGCCCCAGUCUACCAUCAACUUCUACCUCUACUCCGGCUCACUCACAUUUCCGCCCUGUACCGAACGUCUCAUCACCGUCGUGUUCGAGAGGGCAGUCAGCAUCGGUAAAAGCCAAUUGGAGGCGCUCCGCACCCUGAAGGGUCAGCUGAAGCACGCCCGAUGUAAACUGGACAUAGCCGGCAACACAAGAAUAGCACCGGCACGGGGAAGCGCUCGACCCAUCUACCGCUCCUUUCGGUUCAUCCCCAGUCAAAGGGCGACUACCACGAGUUGCCCCACCUCACUCACCAUGCUUGCGUGUCUUGUCAUUUUUCACUUCAAUAGUUUCGAGUAAGAAAAUUAUAGUACACAAUAAACUAUCGCGUAUGGGCUAUAGAAAUAAAUGACGUCAGGCGUUCAUGUUCUGUCCUGUCCUGU